AUAGGUUAGACUUAAAAUUUUUAAUUUGUUAGUUUAAUUAUUUGUGGGCCUAUGGUAUUCUGUGAUGUUGAUCAUCAUAAUCUGCUUCUAGUGGAAAAAAACAGCCCUCUAUCCUAAAAUAAGAUGAGCUGGUGAACAUGGGGUUAAAAGUUCUUCAUCUGCCCAGUGCUUAGUCCUUAUAAUGGGAUGUGCUACGGAGUCAUCCUGCUGGUCUAAGCUACAGCAGGUCAACAUAUUCAGUGCAAGAGGCGGCGCAACAUGGGCUGAGCCUAUUUGCAAGGAGGAUGAGCGACCGACUCAGUGCUGCUCAGGGGUCGUGAUUUCAUCGAUGAAGAGCUCAUUUGAGUGACCGCCUUAGACGCACAGACAUGGUGACACGUGGAUUCUAGUGAGUGAGAGGACACCAGCUGGAUUAACUGCUCGCGGCAUGGGUGUGUGUCAGCGUUCCGGACUGCUCCGUUUUCAUUCCCACCCCGGGACCCGGCGAUGCGCUUUUUAAAGGAAACGGGUUUCGCAGAGACAUCCGGAAAACGCAUCCAUGGGCCACGGCUGCUCCGCAUCCCGAUAUGCUUCUGACCACACAAAGCCCAGCUUCAAGGAGCUCCACACAGGCUGAGAAACCACACAUACACAUCGGCAUGGGUGCGUCAACACGGUUAUAUCACCAUAUUCUGUGGACGAGGCUUUGGAGCUCUGUUGUGCAAUGAAACCAUCGGGAAUGAUCAAGUAGACUUUAUUGAUACAUAGCUCGACAACAUGGCUGAUCAGAGCAACAUCCAGUCCGCCGCCUCCAAGAGUAUCCGGCCCUUUAAAUCUAGCGAAGAAUACCUGUAUGCCAUGAAGGAGGAUCUGGCAGAAUGGCUGAACACGCUGUACGACCUAGAUAUCACUGUGGAUACCUUUAUGGAUGGCCUGGAGACGGGCUGUGCCCUCUGUCGGCACGCCAACAACGUGAACCGCGCUGCGCAGGACUUCCAGCUGGAGUAUCCGGAGGCUGCACAGUCCAUGAAGGUGCCGUCUAAAGAUGUUGGCUUUCAGUCGCGUAAUGUUGUCCCCGGCUCGUUUGUGGCCCGGGACAAUGUGUCCAAUUUCAUCACCUGGUGCAGGCAGGAGCUUUGGAUCAAGGACGUCCUCAUGUUCGAGACUAACGACUUGGUGGAGAGAUGCAACGAGAAGAAUUUUGUUCUGUGCCUUCUUGAGGUGGCGCGACGCGGGUCCAAGUUUGGCAUGCUGGCUCCCAUGUUGAUUCAGCUGGAAGAGGAGAUCGAAGAGGAGAUCCGGGACCAGGAGAGCCUGCGGAGCGAUGCACGGGAGCCAGCAGAGCAGGGGCCGCCCAGCAGGCGUCUCAGUCGUAAGGAGAGCAGACAGAGUGAGGAGGAUGAAGAUGAUCCUGAUCCAGAGCCUUUCAUCUGGCAGCAGAAGAGAGUUUUAUGUGACAUGCGAAAUUUGGAUGAGUUGGUUCGUGAGAUUCUGGGCCAGUGUUCCUGUCCAGCUCAGUUUCCUAUGAUCAAGGUGUCGGAGGGGAAGUACAAAGUGGGAGACUCCAGUGCACUGAUCUUCAUAAGGGUCCUUCGCACUCAUGUGAUGGUGCGUGUUGGAGGGGGCUGGGACACACUAGAGCACUAUUUGGACAAGCAUGAUCCAUGCCGCUGUGCUGCUUUUGCCCACCGUUAUCACCAGGCUAAAGCCAGUGGCCAAGGUCAGGGAGCCCAGAGCAAGUCCUCGAGUGCUCACUCCUCCCGCUCCACUAGCCCAGGUCCACACUGGAGAAAUGAUGGCAUUGCACCUUACAAACCUCCUGACAGGCGCUCCCAGGAGGCCCCCUCUGCUACAACUGCUUCCACACGACCGGCCCGAUCUCAGAACCCUACCGUUCCCACUGAGCUCAGUUCCAGUGCAGCGCGUGCUCUGCUCCCGCGGCCACCACAAGACCGCUCAGAAGCUCGCCACUUUAAUCCCCUCAGGAAUAAGGAGACAGUGACAAGACGUCUGUCUGGAGACAGUGACUCCUCUACAGCCUCCUCUAAGGGAGGAGGAGGGGGACGGUACUCUCAUGGUGGGGCCUCACAACGUGCUGGUGAAGAGGUGGUACUGCUUGUUAAUCGCAAGGAGGGGAAACAUAUGAUCGAGAGGCCUGGAGCGGUAAAUCAGACCCCAUCACUGCAUGGGCAUCCAUCGCUGCCCCGUGCACGUAGCCAAUCUCGGGAACGUCAUGCACUCAGUCCAAUUCUCAAACCAAACCCGCCGCAAGGAUCCUCUGAUGGUAUGCGAACAUCACGAACAGAUAGGGGCCGCUCCCUUGGAAACGAGGGCCCAAGGAAGCUCCAUGUUCCACGUUCCCACAGCCAGAGUAAGUUACCUAGCCGUACUCGAUCUAGUGAUGCCAGCCCAGGACCCUCACCCUGCCACAGAGAACCCCAACUCUCACUUUCAGACAGAGGAGAAGAGCUUCGGGCCAAACAACUGCCCCCAUCCUCUCCUAGACUAGGUUGUAGGUUCACCAAGAGGUCAUCCUCAUGCUCUAAGUCACCUAAUAAAGGGGUCCAAAAUAACAACAGCAGCCCCAGCAAGAAGAUUAUAUCUACUCCCAGACCUCCUGCCCCUCGCUCACCCUGCAUAGGAAAUUCCAGACUACUGCCACCAGUCACCUCAGGAGGUCGAUGUUCACCACACUCAUCCCCCCGCAACUCUCACCAUCAUGCUGCUCGCCCCCUUCGAACUGCACAAGGCCCUCGCUCUGCCGGACAAGGCUACCAUAAGAACUGGUCUGGCCUGGAGCACCAGGAGUCUGAGGAGGAAGGAUUAGAUUUUGGCUUCCAGAUGUUGCCAAUACUUGACCCCCAGAAGGAGCAGGAACUGUAUCGUAGCUUUGAGGCUGAGUUUUUGGCCAAUACACAACAGGCUAGAAGAGUGCCUAGUAAAGCUCCUGGAAAAACAACACAGAAGGGAGCUGGGACAUAUUCAGUGCCAACACUCAACGAUCCUAAUGUUACUGACUCUGCUUAUUCCUCUUCUAACUCCUCCAGCUCCUCCGUGAAUGUGGGGUCAAAGACAGGAACUCUGCCUGACCUCAGGGAAUCUAAGAGAACUAAUCCCCAUCACUUCUCACUGGAUGACCCCUUAAAUAUACUUUAUGGACACAAUUUUGGUGGACCACACAACUUUGGUCAAGGAGAGGCUGAACACUGGGGGGAGCGUGGAGGGGGUCUCAAGAAGCUCCCCGCCAUCUCUAGCUCCAUAGAGGAGAGGGAGCUUCCAUCUUCCCUGCCCGGCCUUGGAGACACACAGUCGGAUAAUUUAAUAAAUCAGAUCCCCUCACAAACUGCUUUCCAUUGUAGGAAUAUGAAUGGAGAUUGUUCUCCUACAGGGGGGCUGACAGGUCAGCAGGCUCAGCUGGGCUGGGGCACAGGGUCUGAAGGAGAUGUUCUUCUGGAGAAUCUCCAGCCAAACUUACCUUGUGACCUGGAAAAUGGAGAUGGGAGUAAUGACCUCCCACUGCCAGAGGCUUGUCCAUCACCUGUGCCCCUUCCUCCCUCUGAGGACUGCUCCUUCCAGGAUUCCUCAAGUGAAAACUCUUCCAUGUGCGUCAGCUUGAGCGAAUCCCGCUCCGAGUCUCCCCCACCCUUGACCAACGGGGACACAGAUGGAGAAGUGCCGCAGACUAAGAAAGGGCAAAAGAAAUCUGACAAAGUAGCCCCUAACUCUAAGCACAAAGGCAGGAUCAAGCCCCGCACAGACAACAGGCCAGAAAACAGCCCCUCACGUAUCCCUACCCCAGUCAGCUACAGAGAUCUGCAGGCUCACAACACUCUUUACCCAUGCCACACCCCACCGCUGUCCCCCCAGAGCUCACAUUCUGCUGGUCGUCUAGCCACAUGUUAGAGCCUGCAGCAAGCCUUUGUGGAUAUGAUCCACCCUCAGUCACUUGCCCCAGCCAUGGGCAACAAAGACUGCUCCUAUCCUGGACAGUCAGGAAGCCUGGACACUGAAACUUGGAUGUAACACAAAACUGAUGGGUGUGACACAGGGGUUUGUUGUCAGGAACUUUGAGUACUGUGUAAAAACUGACUUAAGACUGGGCUAUAGAGUGUUUCCUUUGCAUGUCAAACACUCCUUCUUUUUCACAGUUUCUUCCCUGAUUAACUGCAGGGGGUUCAGAUUGUUUUUAUUUUGCACUCAAGGGAAUUAUUUAUUACCAAAGGAAUGGUUUUUAAUAAUGCUUUUAUUGUAAUUUUAAUGUGUGCAUGUGGGAUGCUUUUGCCAAUCAUAUGAUGUUUUUUUGCAAGACGUGUGAAAUUCUAAUGGUUGAUACAGAGAGAUAAAGAGAGAGCACAUGUGCUGCCAUGUGCCUCACUGAAGGGCAUGGUAAAGUGCCAGGGAUUUAAAGCCACAACUCUUCAGUAGAAAUUAUAAACACUAAACCUUUAGUCAACAAACUGGCUCCCUCUUGUGGUUUGCCAUAGCAGCUCUGCUUAGUCAUAAUAGUGACUGCGCUAUUUUUAUUCUCUCCAGAUUAGUGGUCUUCAUACACAUAUGACUCAGUAUACUCAGUAUAUUUACAAAAUACUAAUAGGUAAUAGACAGAGGUACCUCCAUCAUUCUUGUGACUAUAUGAACAUUACAUGCACUUCUCUGUAUGCAUCUCUAGUUCUCUGAUUUUAUUAAUAUGUCAGAUUUUAAUCAGUUGUUGUUCAGACAGAUAAAAUCUGGGUUUUUUUCAAAUGCUUAAUGUGUAACGGGUUUUCAAGAUUAUAUUUAAUGCGGUAAACUUCAACUUUCAAGUGAAAUAAGGCUAAACCAUUUGAGGAGCAGUGAAGGUUUUAUUACUUUGUGUCAUUGUCACUGAAACAGUAAUGCUGACCAAACCUCACUCUGAAAUCCAGUGGUAAAUAUACUUGUGCAGAAGUCAAAAACUUAGGAGAAUGAAUGUGUAAAUACAUGUUGAUGUGCUCUCUGUGAGAUGUGGGUAUUUUGUAUAUAAAAAGGCAUUGAAAAUGUAGUUUCAUGUACAUAUUCACUAUUAGGUUUUGUACUGCCUAUGCAAUAUUGGUGUCGGAAAUGGCUCGACAAUUCCCUUUGCCUUAAAAUGUAUUCACAAGUUAGUUUUUGAAUGUUUUUGCUCCAUAUCACUGUUUCUGAUAGCAGAAAAUGGAGAGUUUAAGUGUGAAUGUGUAAAAAGUCAAUGAGCAUUGCUGAUUUAAAUGAUAAAUCAUGCUUGAUGUGGGUUUACAAUUUGUGAUAAAGAUAUAUAAGUUAUUGUCCCAUAGCCCUAUUAAUUGUUCUGAAACACUAGGUGCCAGAUAACCUACUUUGGAGAUUGAUUUCAAAGGAGUGGCACAGUAUACGAUGACAUCUAGUGGCUAAAGAAAGACAGGUUUCAUUCACAGUUCAUUCACAAUAGAGAUCCUGUUUCCUUGCCACAGUACCUUUUCCUCCAUGCUUUUGGAAUUAAUCAUCUGGUGCUGAUUAGAGCCAACAGAGCCGCUAAGAAUGACAUGAUAAAGUGAAACUUAAUAGACAAAGAACAAUUUUAACUUGAAUGUCUGCAUGUGUGCAACAUGCAUGAAUAAUAGAUUCUGUAACAAGAUAUCAAGGUUCUCUUGUGAAGCUCUUGCAUAGUUUGAGACCAGGCUCUAGCUACAGGGCUUCUGUUUUUUGGGUAUUUAACAAGUGUGGUCCAUAUUUGAAAUAUAUUUGAAAGUGAAAACAUUAAUGCAGAAACCCCAUAAUCUCCAAAAUGACCAUAAGUGACAAUGGUGGCCAUCCAUAUGGUUUUGAAGUUUUAAAGUGGUUUUUAUAAAUAGUUCCAACAGAAACUGAGGAGAAAAUGUCAGUAAAAAGUGAAAAAAAUAGCUGACAAAAAAAUUCUUUUUGCAGGACACUGACACAAUGAAUAGGCUAAUAGUCAAGAAUGUGUAUAUCUUUGUGAAUACAUACUGUUUGAGAAAAUGUACAAAGUUGGAGGAAAGAGGGGCAUGAUGUUGGUCUAAUUUAUUUAUUUAUGAAAUCAAAUGUCAGCAGAUUCAAGUGAGAUCUGGGUCCCAACUACUAUAAGUGACUAAGUGUUAAGGGAAAUCCAAAUGGGUGGGGGCAUUUAAAGAUUUUUCAGUUUUCUCAACAGUAUAUAGGCUAUUGUAAAGAGACACAACCCAUUAGAAAUGUUGCCAGUUUAAAGACUGGAAUGAUCCUACAGACAAUAUUCACACAUACAGCAAAUUGAUUUAACACUGCUACAAAUAAUUCCUGAUACACGAGUAUUGUUAAAGCUACACUGAUCCUAAACGUAGCUGGUUAUCAGUUUUACUUGUAUAAACAGUUUUUUAAAUUGUUAAAAUACAUUUGUUAUAUUGUUUUGUCUUAUUUAAAGACAUUUCUGCUUUGGUAAAAUGGUAUUAAAUCUACCCAUUAUGUGAACUGUGACAUCUUUGGUUGUCUGUCACAAAAAGAUUGAUUGUCCUUACAUAAUCCACUCUUUCUCACCACAUCUUUGCAAAUUUCAUGAAAUCCCCUCUCCUUCUCUGAUCUCCAAUCAGCAGAAUCUGAAUGUUCAUGACCAGACAAGUUCUUAUUUGCUAAUGUUAUUUCACUAAAAAUGUCAGUUAAAUGUACAGAUUGCUUGACAUUGUGGAAUAUGUAUGUAUAAACUAGCAAUACUACAAGAUUUCACUUUUUUUAAGUUGAAAAUGCUGUCAGGUUGUUCUUGU